AUGAUAUUAAGCUAUGUGGAACAUAAGAUCAGUAAGCAGCUAUUAACCUAUGUGGAACAUAAGAUAAGUAAGCAACUAUUAAGCUAUGUGGAACAUAAGAUUAGUAAGCAACUAUUAAGCUAUGUGGAACAUAAGAUCAGUAAGAAACUAUUAAGCUAUGUGGAAUUUAAGAUCAGUAAGCAGCUAUUAAGCUAUGUGGAACAUAAGAUCAGUAAGCAGCCAUUAAGCUAUGUGGAACAUAAGAUCAGUAAGCAGCUAUUAAGCUAUGUGGAACAUAAGAUCAGUUAG